AGCUGUCAAAAAAAAAAAAUCAAAACUUAAAAAUGCGCUUUUUGCAAAUUUGAGAUUGUGCACAUUUUUGACACUCUGAAGCAAGCUCGAUUACAAGGAAUGAAUGCGUCGCAUACUAUCUUACUCAUCCUCGUAUAUCAUUCAUUUCCAUAAGUGUAUUAUCAAAGAUCGAGUGUUUUUGUGUUUCUUCGAAUAAGGAUGGAGAGAUUUGAGGUUUAUAUCUUCACUGCUCUGUGCAGCAUUAACUUUCUCAUAUCCUGCCUUCUGUUCUCCAAAAUCACACGGGAGCAGAGAGAUCCGUACAUGGAUGAGAUAUUCCAUGUUCCUCAAGCCCAGAAGUACUGUGAGGGGAAGUUUCAUGAGUGGGAUCCGAUGAUCACCACUCUUCCCGGGUUGUAUCUGGCAUCAGUGGGUCUGAUCAGGCCGGUGGUGUGGCUGGCGGAUCUGAAGGGCAGUGUGGUCUGCUCUACUGCCAUGCUGAGAUUCAUCAAUCUGCUCUUUAACAGUGGGAAUCUCUACAUACUCUAUCUGAUCAUCUGCAGACUGCACAUGAAAGAUAAGUCCCGUUCUGCCGCUCGUCGAAUAUUCUCUGCCCUGGCCCUGUCCACGUUUCCAGUGCUGUACUUUUUCACCUUCCUGUAUUACACUGACGCUGGCUCCACAUUCUUCACCCUCUUCAUGUAUCUCAUGACGCUGUAUGGAAGCCACAAAGCAGCGGCGCUUCUCGGCGUCUGCGCAGUCCUCUUCCGCCAGACCAACAUCAUCUGGGUGGCGUUCUGCGCUGGCACCAUGGUGGCUCAAAAAAUGGACGAGAGCUGGCGGACUGAAUCGAAGAAGCGAGACGAAAAAUCACCUUCUCAGGUCCCUCUAACCAUCAAUGGGGCAAUGAGAGUGAUGCGUUUCCUGUUGGAAUUCUUCAAAACGCCCAGUAAUAUAAAAGCAGUGGUCUUGUCGACAUGGCCAUAUAUUGCCGUAGCUGUUGUUUUUGCAGUUUUCGUCGUGUUGAACGAUGGAAUUGUGGUUGGAGAUCGUAGUAGUCACGAAGCAUGUCUGAACUUUCCUCAGAUUUUCUAUUUCCUGUCAUUUACUCUUCUAUUUUCUCUUCCUACCUCACUGAGUUACCAAAGAGUAGUCAGGUUUCUGCAGUCUUUAAGAAAGCAGCCUUUAAUUUAUGCCGUACUGAUGAUGUUCUCCCUGUUUUUAGUCUGGAAAUUCACAUUUGUUCACAAAUACCUGCUUGCAGACAACAGACACUUUCCAUUUUAUGUAUGGAAGAGGAUUUUCCAGAGACACGAGUUUGUCCGUUUCCUGUUAGUCCCUGGAUACGUGUUUGCAGCAUGGAACUUUCUUGAUACUUUGAGGUCCAAGUCGUUGUUCUGGUUCCUGUGUUUCGCCGUGUGUCUGGUGGCGGCUACUGUUCCACAGAAACUCCUGGAGUUCCGAUAUUUUAUCCUUCCGUAUCUGUUGUAUCGCGUCCACAUCCCUGUACCGUCUUUACCCAGACUUCUGCUUGAGUUCGGCCUCUUCACCGCAGUUAACGCAGCUACAGUUUACAUAUUCAUCUAUAAAACAUUUCAGUGGCCCUACAGUACGGCUGCACAAAGAUUCAUGUGGUGACAGAAAUAUGAAUUACAAUUCUUAUACUCACGUUUUCUAUCCACAGAGGAAAAGUAGCGAUGUUUUCACUAUUUACCAAUUUAAAUGUGAUCCCACGACUUUGAAAUACCAUUGAGCCAUGCUCCAGCUUUGUUUUGCUGUUAUUGUUAUGUUAAUUAGUUUGUUAUAAACCACUGAUGAUAUUAUUUGUAAAUGUAUAAGCAGGAUUUCGUUUUCGUUUACUGUAUGCUAUAAUACAUAUAUGUGUAUGCAGUUACUGUUAAAUUAAACCAUUCCACUGACCAACCCAA